AGUCAGCUUGUAUCUUUUUAAAAUGGAGGAUGCAGAGAAACCUCAUAGGAAUUGGAUGAAGAAAGCAUUGGAUUCAGCAACUGCUGCCCUCAAUCGGGGAGAAGUCCCAGUUGGGUGCUUACUUAUUUAUGAUAACAAGGUCAUCGCUACCGGCAACAACAGAGUCAAUGAAACCAUGAAUGCUACGAGACAUGCUGAGUCCAUUGCUAUAGAGGGUGCUCUUCAAUGGUGCAGAGAAAACUGUUUGGCAUCAGAAGAUGUCUUUAAGGAGACAACUUUAUAUGUGACUGUAGAGCCGUGUAUUAUGUGUGCGAGUGCUUUGCGAAUGAUUGGUGUACCAUUAGUGGUGUAUGGUUGUGCGAAUGAACGAUUUGGUGGUUGUGGAUCAGUCAUUUGUAUCCACUCUGAUAAUAUUCCUUCUCUGGGAAAACCAUUUCAAUGCAUUCCAGGAAUUUAUAAAAAGAAAGCCAUCCAGCUUUUGAAAAACUUUUAUAAAGGACAAAAUCCAAAUGCACCAAAUCCAAAAGUCAAGCCUGGGAAAGAUACAUAAAAUGAUAGUAUGGAAUUGCAAUUGAAAAUAACUUAGCGGUUAUAGUCAAUGCACCAUUUUCACAAUUCAACCAUGAGUAUCUGUAUCUUGUACGCAUACAAUCACCCAUGGGGCUGUUGCCACAUGGACAUGGUUCAGGGUGUGUAGAGGAGUUAACUAUUUGGGUGAGCCAUUGAAAUUGAAAUAAAGCAUGCCAUGUUAACAUAGCUGU